CUACUGGAAUGUGUCAGCUGGAUUGAGAAAGUCGAUGCAGCUCUUGUAUCACCGGAGAGACCGCAACUGGAAGAGCUCUGCGACCUGCAGUUACGCGGAGAUUCGGUGGCCGCCGCAGUUGCCUACACCAGGAACGCUCUCACCCUAGGCGACAACGAUUCGACCUCCGAUCUACCAGCUAAACCGGCACUUUACAGCGAGUCCAAAAGCCCUGUUCAUUCAGUGCUUGAUGCAGCUCUGUCGAAAACUAGUGCCCGGCUUCUCCACGUCAUUGGCCAGGCGCGGCUGCUUGAGGAAGCAGUCAAGAAGAUCAUUGAUGCUAAACCGGGAAGUUGUUCACUGAGCGACGCGGAAGCCCUCGUCAUGCAAACCAACCAACUCAAGGCUUCCUUCAGUCUUUCCAAAGUUCUGAGCGAUCUGUGCAAUCAGGCCCACAAAGUGCUCACACACUUCCAUUCUUUCGAACAGUUACUCCAACUUUCUUCUGAAAACACUACUCCAUUAUCAGGGUUUCCACCGGACUUUGUGCAGCAAACAAAACUCGGCACUGUUGAUUCUACACCGCGUGCCUGGCUGGACUUCUUUGAAGAGGUCUGUGAGGCUGCCAACAAGUUGCCCUUCAAAUUUCCCCCCGUUGACCACUUGAAACAGCUGGUAAGUGGUAUUCGAGGCCUUGACCUGCUGAUACAUCGCGACGCAAAGCUCCCCCGAAGUGGUCAACCACCGUAUGCCCAAGAUGACGAACAUGAUGUGGGCGCUGGUCGUGCUACCUCUUCAUCGGCUUCCGACUACUUGAACCCCGACGACCUCGGCUCCACAGCCUAUCUUGCCGCCUGUGCAGACAACGCAAAUGUAAGUUUUGCGUUUUUGAAAGCUCAUACCUUCAGAAUGUCAGUAGACCGUUUCUGUGUGCACAGAAUCGCUUUAACUCUUCAUUUAACAACUUUUUCUUAUAAAUUUGUGCUUGACAAAAAUGGUAGAUUCUUUAUCUGCUGCCAACCCUGA